CCCGAUUGGAGCACUUCUAACAUGUUCCUGGGCGAAUCGGCGGUGGAAUUACUAUGCUGAUGGGCCAUUUCUAAUACUUUUGGACCAGUAUUUUGAGGUUUGCGAAUACAUAGUUUGAGCUACGUAAAAUCCUAAUAUACCAUUUGAUAGAGCUCAUCGAGUUGUACUUGGAACCCGAUUGGAGCACUUGGAGCAUGUUCCUGAGCGAAUCGGCGGCAGAUUUACUCGAAUCGGACGCUAACUUCACCUACGUGAAAACGAGUCGAGUACUCGACCAAUCGACUCGACUCGACUUGACAUUUAGUCGAGUCGAGUCGAAUCGAGUCCAGUGAAACCUGCUUCCGAGUCGAGUCGAAUCGAGUCCAAUGAAAUGAACUUCCGGGUCGAGUCGAGUAGAGUUUGAUUCGAGAGACUCGACUUUUUAGAAUUUUUUUUUGUGAUUCAUUUUGUUCUUUCUCGGCAAAAAUGUUCGUUUGUUUUGGCUUUAUUAAAACAGCGCAAUAUUAGAUCAUCACGAUGAAUUCGUCAGACAGUCAGUGUCAAUGGUGAAAUAACAAUGAACCGGCAGCGUUGAAUGGACUGAAAUAAAUAGCGAACAAUAAUUUUCAUUGUAUUCACUGUAUUAUUGUCUAUACAUAUCUUAAUAGACGAUAUUGUAUUAAUCAAUGGUGAGCCUAUAUAAACAAUCGAUGUAUAGCGUAUGGCAGAAUUAUUCUAAUUUUUUUCAUCUCACGGACUAUCGCUCAUUGAACAUCUUUUAACAAAAAAACUACAAUCAUCCUUGUUUUGAAAAUGUCAAUCGAUCUAACCAACGACGAUUCGACACAACGUUCGUCUGAAGCGUUCUCGUCUGUUUUACGUCCUACGGUGGUAUCACCUUCAGUUGCUCGUGAGACCUAUACAUCUGCCAGCAUCAAACAACUGCUUAUUCGCGACAAGAACCACUACAAGGUUUUGCCGAACCCCAAUAAACGUGCAACUGCGGCCUGCUGGGCUAAAUUUGGUUUCCCAGGUGUCAGAAAAGAUAACGAAGAAAAUGGAGAAUUUAGCAUUAUCAGGGGUUUUGCAAGUUGCAACGUCUGUUUCGAUACUUAUCUUUUCAACGAUUCUAGCACUACUAAUUUAAACAACCAUCGAUGCUCACUGGAUGAGCGACAAAGUCGACUCUCAUUUAAUAGUUCAUCAAGUCCUGUUCGUAAUGCCAUUGGUACCAAAAUAAUUUCCAAGAAGAAAGACAAUUUAAAAAAAUUAUGUGCUAGCUGGAUGGCUAGUUCCAUGCGACCAUUUUCCAUCGUAACAGAUCCUGGCUUUAAACAUAUUUUGCAAGAAUGUUUGACAAUAGGUCGUGAAUUUCGGGCACAAGGUGAAUUAUUAAUUGACGAUCUUCUUCCAUCUGAUCGAACUGUUCGCAACGAAGUCGACCGUGCUGCCGAACAUGGACGUAAUAUUCUUAAAACUAAAUUAAUCGCUGCAGCUGAAGAUUAUCGUUUAUCGAUUAGCCCUGAUAUUUGCGUCCGUCGAACUGAAUUAACUCCAACAAAAACUGAAACGACAACCAUCACAACACGAGCUCUUACUCAAGCUUCACCAGAAUUAUCAGACGAAGAGGAAGAAUUAAGAAAUGCUGCUGAAACAGACGAUUCAUCAGACGAAGAGACCGACACCGAUGAUGAGGAAGUCGAUUAUACUGCCGCCACAGCUGAUGAUAUACCAGUGUCUGCAAAAGCCAUUCUUGACGUAAUUAAAAAUUGUAAAUCACUUGUGAAAUAUGUUAAAAAGGCAAAUCUCAAUCGCCAAUUACAACUAGAACGUGAGAAGCAGAAUAACAUCGAACAAAUCAAUGAUGACAGUUCACCAUCAACAACGAACAAUUCUACUAAUGCUGCUACACUACACCAAUGGAGAAAUGUACUCAAAGAAGUUCAAAUCGGAACUGCUCCUUCUCUCUAUUGUGUUUUACCAUGUAUUACUUAUCUUCGAGAACAAAUGAUCAAUGGGGAGAAAAAAGAAAAAGGAGGAAUCAAAUUCUUCUACAAACGUGCAGUGCAGUUACUUGAUAAAAUGUUCACCAUGGAAGACGAUUAUAUUCGAGCUUCCUUUUUACAUCCUAAUUAUAAACAAUUGCGUGGACCAACGAAAGAACAAAUCGAAUCUUGUUAUAAUGUUUGUCGAGAUUUCAUUUUACCUUCUAACACGAUGAAUGAUUCGAUUAGAACCGAUGAAAACAUUAUUCAACCACCCGCAAAGAAGCUCAAGUUCAUGACACAAUUAAUGGAUAAGAAGGAAACAGAACCAGCAUCUGCUGAUGAGAUUGAUCAUUAUAUUGCACUUACAGUGGAAGAAGAAUAUACAGAUCCUCUGGUCUUUUGGCGACAAUAA